AUGGUUGGUUGUGGAAAACGUUUAGUCCUUGAAGAAAUUUUAACAGAGAAGCAGAUUCUUCAUAUUUUGAAUCAAGCUAUUGGUGGAGACGGUCCGCGCAAAUUGGUAAAGAGUGAAAUACGGCCAGCAAUGGAUGGCAUAGCUGGAUUUCUUGGCGAUCACAUGAAGGGAGUGCUGGAUGUGGAUGUACAAGGAGAACAAAAGAAAGUGUAUUUGUUUUUGAAACGCAUUUCGGCCAGUAACAAGCCUAAGGCUGAGUUUAUUGACAAACAUAAUUUUUACAGGCGCGAAAUGUUAAUGUAUCGAGUCUUGGACGAUAUUCGUGAUGAUGGUAAGAAAAAUGUACAUUUUUGGGCCAAAAAAUAUUUUGAAUGA